CUGCUGAUCCUUACCAACUCUCUCUCUCUCCCUCUCUCUCUCUCUCAAGAAAGAAAAACCAAAAAACCAUGUCGAACUCCAUCAAAGGUGUUCAUAUCCUGAUAUUUCCAUACCCAGCUCAAGGCCACAUGUUACCCAUGCUGGACCUAGCCCACCAACUAGCCCUCCGUGGCAUCACCAUAACCAUUCUGGUGACACCAAAGAACCUCCCAAUCCUGAACCCCCUCCUCUCAACCCACCACCCAUCUUCAAUCCAGACCCUGGUCCUUCCCUUCCCAUCCCACCCGUCUCUCCCCUCUGGCGUCGAGAACAUCAAGGACAUCGGCAACGCAGGCAACUUACCCAUGAUCAACGCCCUCGGCAAGCUUCACGAUCCAAUAAUCCACUGGUUCAAGUCCCACCCAUCACCCCCUGUGGCUAUCCUCUCUGAUUUCUUCCUUGGUUGGACCCUCCACCUUGCCCACCAACUUGGUAUCCCCAGGAUCGUUUUUCACUCAAUUGCCUCUUUUUUAAUCUGUGUCACUAAUUUCCUUUGGCAAAAUAUUGACACUGUCCGCUCUUUACCCGUCGUUCAUUUUCCCGAUCUACCAAGAUCGCCGAGUUUUGCUGCCGAUCAUCUUCCUUCUAUAUACCGGGCAUAUAGGGAAUCGGAUCCUGAUGGGGAGUUUCUUAAGGAUAGCAUGCUCGCUAAUAUAACCAGUUGGGGCUGUGUUUUUAAUUCUCUUGAUGCCUUGGAAGGUCAGUAUUUGGAUCACUUGAAGAACAAAAUGGGACAUCAACGGAUGUGGGUAGUUGGGCCUCUUAGUUUGUUUGCCGGGGCUGAAACCAUGGGUCGGAUCAACCCGGAUAAGGAUUCAGGAGACAGGGUGUUGGCUUGGCUCGAUGGGUGCCCGGAUGGGUCAGUUUUGUAUGUUUGCUUCGGGAGUCAGAAGUUGCUGAAGAGGGACCAAAUGGAAGCCUUGGCUGCUGGGCUUGAGCAUAGCAAGAUCCGAUUCGUUUGGGUGGUCAAGUCAGUAACAGCCCAACAAGUAGAGGACGGGUACGGGUUUGUACCCGAUGGAUUUGAGGAUCGGGUGUUGGGUAGGGGUAUGGUGAUAAAGGGGUGGGCUCCACAGAUGUCGAUACUGAGUCACCGAGCGGUGAGUGGGUUUUUGAGUCACUGCGGGUGGAACUCGGUGUUGGAGGGAAUUAUGGCUGGGGUGAUGAUAUUGGCGUGGCCCAUGGAAGCAGACCAAUUUGUGAACGCAAGGCUGUUGGUGGAGGACGUAGGAGCUGGGGUCCGUGUGUGCGAGGGUGCCGAUGCGGUCCCUGACUCAACUGAGUUGGCUCAGACCAUUGCUAAUUCAAUGAGUGGAGACACAAGUGUCCAGAAGGUGAGAGCAAAGGAACUGCAAGACAAGGCAGUGGAAGCAGUUAACGAGAGUGGGAGCUCUUGGAGAGACUUGGAGGGUCUAGUCAACGAGUUGGUCCAACUUUAAAUCAAAAUUGAUUGACAACAAGCUUCAUUGAGUGCCAGACCGCAAAAGCAAAAAUGUAGAAUAAUGUUUUAGAUCACUAAAUUAGGAGCUCUAGAGCAUCACUAAUGAUGUGGCACAGUGGCUCCCACCAAAGUGAUGUGAUGUUUUGGCUUGAGUUUGUUUUUUUUAAUUUUUUUUUAAGCUUAUUAGAGCUAUUAGUGGUCUAAAAAUCAGUGAGAUGAAUCACCACUCCAAAAAUGUAUGUGUAGUACAAGGGGCAUUUUUU